AUGAAGCUGCUGCUGAGCUUUGUGCUGGGCGUAUCCGCCGUGAAUGUCAAAGGGCACUUGCGCCACGACACUGGGCGACUGCAGUCAGAGUUCCCUUUCUACCACACCAGUGAGGAGUUAGAAGCGCAGGCACGGCAUUUGGUGUCAAAGUGCAAGGUGCACGCCGAGCUGCAGACAGUAAAGCAGGACUAUGUCUCCAUUGACGAGAUUCGCAUCAAGAAGACUCAGAAUGGAGCUCCGAAGAAUAGAGUUUCAUUGCUCUUUGGGGAGCACAGCCGGGAGCUGAUUGGUCCAGAGACAGGGCUUAUGCUCCUGAAAAUGCUGUGCGGAGAGAUAGAAGAAAAGUUAUUAGACGAAGCGCUGAAAGAUUCCGAGUUUCAGCUGAUCCUCAAUGCCAAUCCGGUUUCUCGAGCUCGUGUGGAAGCAGGGGAAUAUUGUUUACGUGAAAACCCCCACGGCGUGGACUUGAAUCGCAACUGGGAUGAGAAAUGGAACUUGGGCUCUACAGCUUCCAGCGACAACCAAUUCCAUGGUCAGCGACCUUUCAGUGAGCCCGAAACGCAGCUGGUUCGGGACCUGAUCACUGGCUUUCAGCCGACCACUUUUCUCUCAGUGCACAGCGGCACCCUGGGUAUGUACAUGCCUUGGGCUUAUGACAGUCAGCACCUGGCAAAGCGGAACCGCGGCCCCAUGCUCUCUGUCUUGGAGGAAUUAGAUUCAAGUCAUUGCAAGUGUCCCUUCGGGGCAGCUGGAAAGGAGGUCGGCUACGACUGCCCUGGCACCAGCUUUGAUUGGGUGUACGACCACCUAAAGGCACCGUUCUCCUUUGCUUGGGAGAUCUAUGCGGACCCCCUUGAGAGGGAGGGCUUGAGGAGGAGGUGGGAAGAGAAGGUUGCCAGCAUGCAGACCUCUGAGCAUCCAAGCUUUGCGCUGAUGGAGCUUUAUUCUGGAAUGCAGACAGAUUUCAUGGGCACAGCCCCUACACUCUUGAGUGACUGCUUCUCUAGCUUCAACCCUGGCAGAGAGGAGGAGUACAACGCCACAGUGACCAACUGGGCAAGAUCCUACCUGAACCUGGCCAUAAAAACAUCGCCUCAUGUUUGA